AUGCUGACGAUUUGGUAUAAGGUAGGAUCUGAAAAUUCAAGGAAAAUGAUCUACGUAUCUGAGAUGUUCUGAAAAUCAUUCAAAUCUGAAAAUAAGCUAUUCUUGGAAAACAAUUUGUUUAAGAAAAAGUAACUCUUUUUUUUUAGGAAUUACUGUAUCUUCGCAACAAUAAUCCAAUAUUUAUCAUUGUUUACAUUUGUAUUUUAUCAAUCAUUUAUAACAUUCAUACCGCAGUUACUGUAAGUCAAUAAAAACAUAAAUUUGUAAAUAUUGGAUUAAUAAUUCCAGCCGAUUUCUAAAACGAAUGAAGGAAUUUAUGAAUUUGAUUCGAAUGGAGAAGAUUUGAUUCGAUUUAUUGGAGUUGGAAUAUUUAUACCUGAAGAUGUCAUUGAUUAUGAUGCAUCAACUUCUAUUUUAAAAUUUCAAGAAAUUAUGAAAAAUCUUCCAGGUUUGAAGUUUUAUAGAAAUUCGGUUCAUGUUCAUCGGGAAUUGAAUACCAAUAACGUGGAAGUUGUUAUUCAUUUUUCAAAAUUUGAUAAAGAUGGUGUUCAUUAUGAUUUUGUCACUGAAACCGGAAUUUUCAAUAUGUAAGUUUCUAUCUUACAUUUACUUGAAAAAUAUUCAAAAAAAUGUUUCAGUGCAAAUGAAAUACAAAAUCUAUCUUGGCAAAAAAUAAUAGAUGCAAAUGAAGUUGCUAACAAAAUAUUCCUAUUAUUUUUUGGCGCAAAACAACAUAGCUCUAUUCGAAUUAUUUAUCGCGAAAAAUAUGGAAUCGAUAAAAUUAAAAUAAGAUAUCAAAAUGAUAUAACAUUUAGUUGUAUUUGUCUGAUUCCAUUCUUUUUCGUAUUUAUAAAUUCAUGGAUUGAUGAACACAAAUCAAAAAUGUAUAUUACUUUGGAAUCUGAUGGAAUAUCAAAACUCAAACUUAUGGUUGCAAAAUAUAUAUUUUAUUAUGUAUUUUCGAUUUCUGUUUCGAUGAUUUUUUGGAUUCCAAAUUCAAUUUUAUCAAUUACGACAAUUGAGCAGAUUACAUUGAUAUUUUCAUUAAUAAUGGCAUAUUUGGCAAUCUCCACAUUACUUGUUGUUAUUUUUUUCGAUUCAAAAAUAUAUCCAAAAUUAUUUCUGGUACUUUAUUCAAUUAUUGGUGAAUGCAGUUCAAAUAAUAGUUUUGCUAAUUAUUUUUCGAUCAGAGGAUUAAUUGGAACAUUUCCAAACGCAGAAGUUGGAUGUUAGUUUUUUUUUCAAACUUUUUGAAAUUUAGAUUAUCUAUGAAAAUCCAAAUAAGUUUCAGUUGGUAUUCUGAAUAUAGCAAUAAUUUGUGGUAUUUCUUGGAUUCUCCUAUUUUUAUCACUUUAUAUUGAAAUAUUGACAACUUCAAAAGAAUCACUUCCUUGGUAUUUUCCAAUUUCACGUGGAUUUUGGAAAAUAAUCGAACGAGAUUAUCAAAUGGAUCAAUAUUAUGAUGAACAAAAUGUUAAAAUUCCAGCAACACCAAAAGAUGUGAGAAAUUAUAAAUUUUCAAUCAUUCUUGUUCAUUUAAUUUUUCAGGGUUCCAAAAUGGAAAUAAUCAAAAAACAAGUGAAAACCCAAUCUUCAGAACCAUUCAUAUUUUUACAUGGAAUUUGUAAGAGAAUUUCAAAAAUAUGGAAAGUGAAUGAAGUAACAGCAAUCAUCAAAUUUGAUCAAUUAACUGUUCUUUAUGGAUAUCUUGGAUGUGGUUCUGAAGAAAUAAUUCAAAUGAUCAAAGGAUCAAUCAAUCCCGAUUUUGGAUCAAUUGAAUUCGAAAAAACACAAAGAGAUCUGAAGAUUGUUGAAACUUGUGAAGUUCCGAGUGUGAAUUAUUUGAAUGUCAAAGAAUAUCUAAAAUAUAUUGGGAGAUUGAGAAAAUCAGAAGUUGAGGAACAAGAAAUUAACGAAAUGUUAACCGAACUCAAAUUGGAAAAUUGUGAAGAAUAUGUGAGAGUUUUACUUUUUUGUGUAUUGUAAAUCUAGUUUUGAUAUAUUUUCAGACUCUUGAUAUGCUUUCUACAACACAAAAAGAGAGACUUCGAAUUGCUGCUGUUUUCAUUGGAAAUCCGGAUAUUGUUUUAAUAAAUAGACCAACAAUUGAUUCAUUUCCCGAGAAAAAAUGUAGAAUAUCAAAGUUCAUUGAAAAAAGAAAAUUCAAUCGGUAAGUUUAUGGCAUAGGUUUUGGUUUAUUUUCAAUUUCAAAUUAUGUUGCACCAGAAUUUCAAAAAAAAAAACAUUUCUUGUGUGUUUCUACAGUAAUCCCAAACAAUCUGUUCAUACUGUACACUAAACAUUGUUCUCAAUUUGUUAGAAUCUUCCACGUAAUUUUUUACAAUUCCGAUAUGUCACAUAAUUCGAGGAUGACAAAAAAUACAGUAAUAUUUAACGUGUUAUGUUUCAGUUCAAUUAUAAUUGUCACAUAUGAUGCAGAAGAAGCUGAAAGUAUUGCUGAUCAUAUUAUAUUUUUGAGCGAAGGAUAUGUUGUUUUGAAUGGUCCUGUUGAAGUUUUUCGUCAACGAAUCAAUUCAACUUUUGAAAUUCGCAUUUGGCCUAUGAAAAUAUUUGGAGAUAAAGAAAUACUUGAUAUUAUUGAUCUUAUUGGUGGAUUUGAUAAGAAAAUGGCAACGUCGAUCAAAUUUGUUGAAACUCCAAACGGAAAGUUGAGAAUUUUCAUUCCAUUCGAAUUUCGAAAAUUGUGAGUUCAAUUUUUCUUUCGUUAUGGGUGGAGUGGCUGAAAAUACUAGCAUACAUACUAUUUUUUCGACUUUCAGAAUUCCAACCAUUUUCGGAAAAAUUGGUCAAAAAGUUGAUGAAUUACAAAUAAGUUUUAUUGAAAUGAGUCGUCCAACAAUUCAAGAUGUUUAUGAGAAUGCUUGCUAUGAUCCAAAACAAUAUACACCAAUUCAAAAUUAUGAUGCUCUUGCUGAAUAUUAUACUCGGCGUAUGUUUGGAAAAUAAUUUUAUCAAGCAAAAUCAACAUUUUUUCAGAAAACAAGAAAAAACAAUCUGGAUUUUUCUUUUUAUUAGUUAUUCGACUUUUUCGAGAUAUUCCAACCCGAUUUAUUAUUAUUUUUUCAUCAUUGAUGUUCAUAUUGGUUUUGACACUUUUCUUGAUUCUCCACUUUUCUGGUAAUACAAAUUAUUCAAAGAAAAUUACGAAAUAUUUGUUACAGGUGUUUCUGAUUUCGAUCCAAUUCCUAUCAACAUCGAGAAAACAUUCGGGUCAUUCAAUUCAGCAAGUAAGGGAUAUUUGAAAACUUCAAAUCAAUUAUAUUUUCAGACAUGGAAAUCCAUGAAAAUUCAAUUAUUCUCCGUGCUUUUGUAUCUACAACAUCUAAAUUAUAUAUCCAAAAUCAGGCGUUAUUGGAAAUGUUUAAAAUGCAGAAUAUAACUAUUCCACAAAUAACUAUUGAUUACAAUUUUCAAAGUACAGAAGAUAAUUCAAUCAACAAUUUUUAUGGACAAUUAUCAGCUUAUCAAACAAUUAAUUUAUUUUCAAAAUCUGGAAUUUUACUUCAUAUAAUUGGUUUAUUUCAAAUAUUUCUUUAUUCAAUAUCUACAGUAAUACCAUCAAGUUUAUGGCGACUGAAACUGAGACCUACAGUAAGACUAUUUUUUAUAUAAUUUCAGAAAUAUAGCUUUGAAAUUUUAGAAAAUGUUAUUUCCUUGGCCAAAAUAUGGAUAUUUUUUGAGAUUAGCAGUUGUAAAUAUUAUUCUAUUUUUUAUAAUUGAUUUGAUUGCAAUGAUUAUUUUAAUUGCUUUCGAAUUUAUAUCAAUAACAUCGGCUGUGUAAGCUCAUUCAAUUCGAAAUUAUCAGAAAAUUCCAAUCAAUUUUUCCAGCUAUUUUUCAUUCAUUUGGUUUAUUUCAUUUUUAUCAAUUCUUCCAUUAAUCUACACUCUAAUUUUCUAUAUUCAAAGUAAUCGAGCAAUUUCAAUUGUUUUUUCGAUUUCAAUUUUUGCAAUUUCAAUUCCUUGUUUGAUUUGUAUUUAUGAUGAAAACGCAAAUAUUGUUCCAAAUGAUGUAAGUUUAAUUUAUUGAAAUUAUUAAUAAAACCUAUUGAAAUAUUUCCAGACUUAUCUCAUACUUGUGUCAAUUAUUUGUUGGAUUAGUCCUCCAAGCGCAGUACAAAUUCUUGCAGUUUUGUUGAAAGAAGAUUCAAUUGAUAGUGACAGUGAGUGAAUUCCAGAUGCUGAAUAAUCAUACGUUUCCAAAUUCAAUUUCAGAUUUAAUAUUAGUUUCGUUGGCUGCAUGUUUGUAUAUUUGGAUUCCAAUAAUAUUCAUUGUGUUAUUAUGUGUUGAUUUCAGUUAUAUUCAUCAAUAUUAUAUCAAAACAAAAAUAAAAAUAUCAGCUCCUUUUCAAAAACAAUCAAUUGUUCGUCCAUCUUGUCAUAUCAAAGAUGGUUUUAUUUUUGGAGCAUAUUUUGAUGAUGGAACAACAAAAAAUAGCAAUAAUAAUUCUAAAAAAUCAAAUGAAACAACAAAAAUGGAAUCAACUGCAUUAACAAGUCGAAUGGAAGGUGGAAUUGAUGUUGAUAUUCAAAAUAUUGCACAAUCUCCUAUUUCUUCUUCUGCUUAUUCUUUGGAUGCUGAAACAUCAUUUAUAACAAUUCGUGAAGAAGAUAUUAUCAAAAAUAUAUCUGGAACAACAGUUUGGUAUGAUCAACAAUCAAUUGAAAUUAAUAAUAAUUUCACAUUAGUUAUUGGUGAUCAAAAUUCAUUAAAAACUCAUAUAUUAGAAGCAAUUGCUGAAGGAAAUGAUAAGGAUUGUAAUAUUUCUUAUAUUCCAUAUCAUGAUUUUCUUCCAUCAAUUUUGACAGCUUGCGAGUUAUUAGAAAUUGUUGCUGCUGGAAGAGGAAUUGAAAUUGAUCGAGGACAAAUUGCAUUUUUAUUCGACACUUUUAAUAUGUUCAAUGUUACAAAUGUUCAAAUCAAAUAUUUAACGUGAGUUGGAAUUCAAAAUCAUCGCAAAACUUGUGAUUUUCUCACAAAAUCAAUUCAAAAAUUAUAAAUCUUGAAAUAUUUUGUUCGAAAAGUGUCUCAUUCUUUUUAUACAGUAAUCCAACAAUUUCACAUAUUUUCAGUGAUGCCGAACGUCGUGUUUUAGCUUUGUUGGCAAUGUUAAUGCAAAAACCAUCAAUGAUUAUAUUCGAUCAAACAGAUAUGUUUAUUCCAACUUCAAAAAUGAUAACUAUUUGGUCAAUAUGCACAAGAUUGAAGGAAAAUGGUGUCGCAGUUAUUUUUACAACAAAUAAUGUUCAAAAUGCAGAACAUACAGCAACUAAUUAUGCACAUGUUUAUAAAUGUCAAUUUGUAUCAAUGCAGGCAUCACAAAUUAUUAAAAGCCGGUUUGUCAUUUUUUAUAAUUUUAUUUAUUUUCAAUGUUUCAAUUAAUAUUUUAUUUCAGAUUAUCGAGAAUUCUUGUUGAAAUUGAUUUGGUUCGCGAUGAGAAUUGUUGUGUAGCAUUGAAACAAUUACAAGAUUGUUUCAAUGGUUCAAGAUAUGUUGAAACUCGUUGUGAAACUCGAAAAUGUUUGAUUGUUGAGAAUGAUGAUUUUGAUACAAUUACUCAAUUAAUUCGAGAACUUGAAAAACAUUGGAGACAAUUUAUGAGAUAUUCAUUGAGAUCAACUAAUUUCGAUGAAUAUGUUGCAAAUUCGUUGACCAGAAAUAAAUAA